AUGUCAGACUCUCAACCCACCGAGUACAAAUGUCGUACUCAAGAGGAUACAGACCCAAGUUGGGGUCCUGCUCCUGUUUCCAACCUUGAGGGCACCACUGGCGAUAACGCACCAGACAAGCCUGAUUCCCUCGUCAUCGGUUAUGGGUCUAUCAUUCCACGUUGGGACGUCACACCAUCUGAUGGCAGGAAGCUCCAGUACCUUAUCAGGGAUGACACCUUUCCAGAUGCCACCAAGGCAAAGUUCGCAGCUAAGGAAUUCCAAGCCGCUGCUGAUACUUGGGCUGAACUCGAAACUGGCCUUACCUUCUCCGAAACAACUGAUCGAGACAGCGCAAACUUUUACCUGGUGUACAAAGUCAACUCGCGGUUUGAGCAGGGAGUGCUAGCCCAAGCCUUCUUCCCUCAUGAGAUUGAUCAGGAUGUGAUUGUCUACUCGUAUGCCUUUGAGGGCCAAAACAAAUCUAUCUUGAAGGAGAUCUUCCUGCAUGAAAUUGGCCACAUUUUUGGUCUUCGACACGAAUUCGCUAUUGAAGGCGAUUCCGACGGCAACAAGCCCGAGGGCGAAGGCGCCAAGAUAUUCAUGGAUAAGAAUGAAUACUCGGUUAUGAGCUACAAGUUCCCACCCAGGAUUCAGGAUAGCGAUCGCACGCAGACCGUUGCGUUCUACAAACUGCCUCUUGGGUACAUGCUCGAUGGCAGUCCCGUUACCGACUUUCAGCCCAAGAUCCGUCGUAAGAACCGGUAG